CCUCGUUCAGAAAGUGUGACAUUUGUGUACUGCGGCUGCGUAAAAGUAUCGAGACGAGAUCUGCACUUUUUGGUUCAUUAUUCAUUCACUGUUUAUGUUAGAAAUUUUCAACUUUUACACUUAAAAUGGCGAUGUGAUUAGUCUCACCAUGAUAAAUUAAGUGGACAGAGGUACAUAAAUAUUCACCUGUUACUCUUUUAUAAAUCUAAAGUCAAGCUUUAUUAUAAAUUGCCAACUAACAUAAAUUAAAGUGAAAGGGGAAAUGAAACCUCGCCGGAGAAUCAGAAAGUCUUGGUGAAGUUUUGUUGAACAUUACUUUUAUAUUAAGUAUAGUGGCCUUUUGAGACUUGUAACAGUAACUGUAUUCAACAACAUUUGUAGUCCAUUAAUUAGGUCUAGACCUACUGCUAAUUUUUAGGUUGUGAUUUGGGCCCAAGCCCAAUAAUGCAGUAGGUAGUGAGUUGAGUAGUGGGCCAGAAGAAGUAUUUCUUUAACUUUAAAAAAAACAAAAAACUGACUGUUUUUCCACCCAUUCAUAUAAAUAAAUAUCAAGCCAUAAUAUUUGGGUAGUUGUAUCUAAUUUAUAAUUCCAGAAUACACCACCAGUUAGGAUCUUGGUGGUUCUUUUCAAUUUUAGGAUUUAGGAAAUUUUUAAGUUUAGGCUUGCUUAGGCAUAACUUCUAACUUUACUACUUUACUAACUAUUCAAAGUAAAGCCUAUUGAUAAAUUCUGAUAAUUGUUUAUUACGAAGUUUGUACCAUGUAAAAACUGCUAUGCUAUGCCCAUGCCAGAAUUGUGUAAACUGUAAUAUUGUCAUCAAUUAAAUUUCAUGUCAUUUAUUGAUAAAAUGUAUUUUAAAACAAUUUGUUUUUCUUUUCUACACAUAAAUAAAGUGUGUAUAUACAUUGUGAUCUUGAUUAUGAAAUCACUAUUUAAAAUUUUGAUUUUAAUAACUAAUGACUUUAUAUUUCAGAAAUUCCUCUUGACACAUUUUUUUUCUAUUUGGGCUGUGUUCACUGAAACCGUCAAACUGGCGGACCAAGGUGAUAACGAAACAUCAUCAUCUCCUGACAAUUCGAGGAUGGCGGUGUGUAGAGUACCAACACCGCCUCCUCCUGAUGUGUCCUGUCCAGUGGCAGAUAACUGGUGUUAUACACAGGUUGAUUUUUCUUAGAAUUAUAAAAAUGUUUGGUCUAAAGUCUAAAUUAAACAUGAAUUCAUUUUAAUUAGGCCCUAGUAUUUUAUGAACCUACCUUAGACUCAGGCUUAUAUUAGACUAUAAGACUUAACCUAUAUGAUUUUUCUUAACAAAUUAAGUAAUAAGAGAGCAUUACUUAGCUGAAUUGAUUUACUGAGUUUAUAAUCUGUGAACUUUUUUAAUUAACAGGUUAAGGUAAUAAAAUUCUCCUACAUUUGGACCAUCAACAAUUUCAGUUUUUGUAGAGAAGAAAUGGGUGAAGUUUUAAAGAGUUCAACAUUUUCUGCAGGCGCGAAUGACAAGCUGAAGUGGUUAGUAGUAAAUCAAAAUAUGUCAUUUACCCUAAAAAUGUCUUCUCAUUAUGUGGUGUAAUGCCUAAUAUAAUUGGCCACUAGUAUAAUCAUCGUUUAAAAAGUGAAUGAUUUAAUUUAUGUUUGCAUAUGGGAGAUCACUCCAUAUAAAUUAUUUUUUUCCAGCUUCAGUUUGUAACUAUGUGUUAACAUGCUUUUAUCAAGGCUUUUGCUGUACAAUUUUGGAAAAUUUUUAAACUUCCUUUAUGUCAGAUGUUGGAAAGGGUCCUUCUGGCUUGCAAAAUCAACAUACAGCUUUUUACUGGAAUAAUUUCCAAGCAUAUUUGAUAAAAUUGAAAUCAAAUAGAUAGCAUCAUGGUAAUUGCAGUUUUAGCACUAGCGAUGAUAACGACAUAAGGGUCAGAUUUAGACAAUUUUAGCCCUAAGCUUAGUCAUAAUGUGACUGACUGAUUCGGUUAGGAAAGGGUGGAAAUUAAACAGAAAAGACAAAGCCUUAGUCUAAAGAGAGUCAAAGACAUUUGUGGUUGUCUACGAACUUGAGUAUUAAUAUAAUAGAAAAUUGAUUAAAACAAUUUAAUUUAAAUGCAAUAAGUUUUUAAAAUCAUUUUGUUUUUUACCUCGUAUUUUGUAUGAAAGAAAUUUAAAGGAAGUGUAUGACAAAAUUCAUAAAGAAUUGCAUUUUGCAAAAAUAGGCACAUAUAACCAUGCAUUUGUAUGUACUUUCAGAAAAUGAAUCCUUUUUAGAGUCUUUAAAUUAAUUUUUAUGUGAUUUAUUAUUUUAGACAAGCAUAUCAAAAUGCACUUGACAAUUAUAGGGUUUCAUAAAAUGACUGAUUAUGUGAUAUGCAUGAGGGUAUAUAUAAAAUAACAUUAAAAUAAUGUAAUCUAAGAUAAUGCACGAAGCAAUGACCUAUUAUAAUAAAUUUCACUAUUGUAGUAUUUGUAAAUUUUUUGUGGGUGUGGGUUUUGAUUGGUAGUUUGUCAAGAUUGCUUAAUGAAAAUUUCAUUAACAUUUAAUAAUAAAUGGAAAAAAAAAUUAACAAAUGAGACAUUGAACCAAAAGCUUGCAAAGGUUAUGAUUUUUUAUUGUAUUUUAAAACUUUUGGGUAAAUUAAUAUUUCUAGAACUUGAAUGUGCUUAACUGGGUAAAGCUUUUCCCAUCUUGCUUCUUCGUUUAUGAGAUUAUACAACAUUUUAAUAAAUAAUUCUUUUACUUUUAGGUGCUUAAGAGUGAAUCCCAAAGGUUUGGAUGAGGAGAGCAAAGAUUACCUUUCUUUAUACCUUUUAUUAGUUUCAUGCAACAAAAGUGAAGUUCGAGCCAAGUUCAAAUUCUCCAUAUUAAAUGCAAAGCGAGAAGAGACCAAAGCAAUGGGUAAGAGAGGAGGUUUUGAAAUGAUAAUUCAACUAUCAGUUAUAUUAGUGUAAAAAAACAACUGGAUCUUACUUGUUUCAAUUUUAAUUUGUCUUAAAUAAUUACCAACUUAAGUUAUGUUUCAAAAAAUUUUAUUUACAAAAUGCAUCACAUAAUUAUGUAUAUAGUUGGUACAGUUCACUGUGAUCACAUUUUUCCACUGGAAAUUGAGUCUAUUAACCAACAAUUGUAAUAAAUUAUGAAAAUUGUACAUGCAUAUUAUGAUUUUGAAACUGUCAUUUGAUUCUACAAAAAGGCUUAUUCGAAUAAACAGUGAUACGGUAACAAUAGACAGUCUUUAAUGUAUACAUGACUGCUUUCUUUUAUUGGUUUCCUUAUUAUCUGUUUAAUUAUUUGAUUAAGUUUUUUAUGUUUUUAAUGUAAUUCUCAAUUUUUAAAAUAAAAUUUAAUUUAUUUUAACUUUCUAUUUCAGAGAGCCAGAGAGCUUACAGGUUUGUCCAGGGAAAAGACUGGGGCUUUAAGAAAUUUAUUCGCCGGGAUUUCUUAAUGGAUGAGGCCAAUGGUUUAUUGCCUGAUGACAAGCUUACAAUAUUCUGUGAAGUAAGUAAAACAAAAACUUAAUAUUAAAAUAUUUUAACAGUAAACAGUGUUUCUUGACUUAUCUUAAUCUUAGGUAAAUAUGGUGACAGACAUAGAGAAUAAACUUUUAAUGCUGUCAAUCCUGUGAAAUGCAAAUUUAACACAAGGAAAAUCUUGGUUUAAAAUAAAUUAUCCAAAGGUUUUAUUAUUUUUCAUGUUAAAAAUUUAAUUUAUAAUCGGUGUGUUGCUUGAAAAUGUCAGUAGAUUUGUGACAACUAAUAUCAGGAAUUGUUACUGUUAGCCUAUAUAAUAAAGAUUUUCUUGACUGUUCAAACAUUAAUAUUAGGUCAGCAUUGCACUCAGUUUUAAUAAGGGUGUCUUCAGGCAGUAAAACAGAUUCAAAUUAUUUCUUUAAAACUAAUGUUCUUUGUCAGAAUGUUCCAUGAAGCAUGUUUCAAGUUCUAUUUUUUUUUAAUUGUGCCCCAUUUUCAAAUGAUUUCUAUGUGUUACAAUUUAUUUCUGGGUAUAUUAUCUCUCAAUUUCACAUUUUUCUCAAUGCUAGGUUAGUGUGGUGGGUGACACAGUAAAUGUUUCUGGUCAGUCGAACUGUACUCCAGUUAAAGUUCCAGAGUGCAGGCUCAGUGAAGAUCUGGGUCAGCUUUUUGACCGUUCAUCAUUUAGUGAUGUAACUCUUUGUGUAGGAGGUCGUGAAUUUUUGGCACAUAAAGCAAUCUUAGCAGGUUUGUAAUAGCUUCUAAAAUUUGGGUUCAUUAAAGGUAUAAGGAUCUCAAAUUUCAAUAAAUUAACCAAUAAUGUAAGCCAUUUAAUUAUAAACACAUAAUUUAUUAUGUUGUUCUUGCAAAAAUUGUUAGUUUUAGUACUAAGAGACAUUUUUUUCUAACAUUGGUAGCAUCUGAAAUUUUAAAGUUUUGUUCUGUCUUUCAGCUCGAUCUCCGGUUUUUAAUGCCAUGUUUGAACAUCAAAUGUCAGAAAGUAAACAGGUGAGUUCUUAAAUUUAGAAUACACAAACAUCAAAGAAAAUUAGGAAAAUAGAGAUUUCUUUUACACUACAGGGAAUAUUUGUUAGAUCUUGUCAAUAAAGAAAACCACCAUAUGCACAAUUAUAUUAAAUUUUAUAUUCACUAAUUAUAUGAAUUAUUCUGUUUCUAGAAUCGAGUAGAUAUUCAGGAUGUGGACCAUGAAGUCAUGAGAGAAAUGUUAAGAUUCACAUAUACAGGGAAAGCCCCCAAUCUAGACAAGAUGGCAGAUGAUCUUUUAGCAGCUGCAGAUAAAGUAAGGUUUUAUUCAUUUGCACAGACUUUGAGCUACAGAGUAAUUAUUUUGAUGUUACUUAUCAAUGUAAAAUGUUUUUCUUAAGUUUUUUGUUGUUGUUGAAAAGCAAUUGUCAGUACUGUGUGUAAAUAAUAAAAGACUAUUAACUUAUUUUCAAACUAUCUGAGCACAUAUGUAACAAAGAACACUAAGUCAAACUUAAAUUAACUCUCUUAGUGUUGCAGAUACUUAAUUUAUUGAGCAUAUAUUAGAUAUAUUAUUGGUCUCUGUCUAUACUAGUUCUGCUGUUUUUUCCCCAGUAUGCUCUAGAGAGAUUAAAGGUCAUGUGUGAAGAAGCAUUGUGCUCAAAUCUUACCAUAGAAAAUGUUUGUGACAUCCUCGUUUUAGCAGAUCUACACAGUGCAGAACAGUUAAAAACUCAUGCCAUUGAUUUUAUAAAUAGGUAAUGUUCCUUUAUUUUAAUAUAUAUAUUUUUCCGUUAAUGUUUAGCCCUUAAAUGUAAAAUAUACCUAUUGAAUAUUAAUUGGAAAAGGGUGAUAAUCGGAUAGAAAUUUUUCCAAUCAUUAGCACAGUUUGUACCCACGGGAACAUCUAAGGAAAUAAUAAAUUUAACAAGAUUCGCUUGAAUAUUGUUCUAAUUGUACAAUAAAAGUUGAAUGCAUCGUGUACUACCCCAUAUACUGUGAGAAAUUUUGUGUAAAAAUGCUUCUUAAUGUUAGGGAUUCUCAUAAUAUGCAUGCGUUAGCAUUUUUUUUCAUUAACAUUUUAUUUUUAAACAUAUUAACAAGAAAAGUAUAUGUAUGUCCUCCCCUCGCUGUGCUCACAUUCUAUGUUUACUUCCUUCCAAAAUGGAUAAAUCACAUCUUUUAAAUGAAAAUUACUUUUUAAAGUCAGAUAAGCAAUUUUGUCAAAAAUAGAUUCAAAUGGUGAAUUUGGUCGCAAUUUAGAUGUAAAUAUUGAUUAUUCAUUGGUUAAUUCUCUGGUAAUACAAAUUCCUGUAAAUAAAGUAUGAUGAAUUUAAAUCCAGAAAAUAAAUAUUGUUCGUCUUGACAAAGUUUAUAUUUAACUGUUUCAUAAUCUUAUAUUUCACCAUCCUGGGAGAAAAAGACAUGUUAUGGACACGGCCUUUUACUGCAUUUUUUUUUUUCCAAACAAAAAGUUAUGGGUUCACAUUAUACAUGAUUCUGUUAUAAGGAGUAAUGUACGGUAGCUGACUAUUUAAGUGACAAUUGUCUAGUUAGCUUAAACUACUGCUCAAAACUAAACUUGCUGGAGAUGAGAUAGAAAAGAACAUCAAAAGUACAUAAAUCAAUCCCUAUCAUUUCAUUUAAAAUAGUUCUCCUUUAAUAUUACUUAGGAUAUGAAAACCACUUCAACAGGCAAUACAUUUAUAAAAAUGGAAGGGAAAGAUGACCAAAAAAAACCUCUCCAACUGAGGAAAAUUAAAUUUUAAAAAAUAAUAUUCCAACCUUAUAUGUUUUAAUAAUGUAUUCUCUAUCGUCUUUAGCCAUGCCACAGAUGUUAUGGAGACGACGGGAUGGCGGUCCAUGAUACAAGCUCACCCACACCUCAUCGCAGAAGCUUUCCGGGCACUUGCCAGUCAACAAAGCCCACCAUUAGGCCCACCAAGAAAGCGAAUCAAGCAAGCCUAGUGCACUAAAUAUAACAGACCAAAUGUAUAGACCAACUUAAUAACGGCCAAAAACAAGGACUCCAUCACAUGUGGCUUCUGGUUAUCUGCAACUGAGCCAGAAAGCCAUCAUGGCAAUGCUGGAUCUUGCUACAGAGGUUGAAUAUCAGACCAGCUGUGGAGGGCUAUUUAUAAGUAUUCUACCUCAACAAUUAGUGGAAUAGUUGUCCAAGGAAUUCACAUGGCCUGGAAUGGUCAAAAGAUGAUCUGUUUUACUUGGUGAAUUCUGCUCAUGUUAAUUGUAGUGGCCCCCAAAUCACGACCUGUACAGCUUGCCUAGCUCAGAUAAAUCCCUGCAUUAUUUGCUUUUUUUUUUUUUUUUUUUUUUUUUACCUUUUAUUUAAUUGGUUUUAUUUUUGGGGGAAAACAAAUGGUUUUAUAUUUCAAUUCCUAGAAACCAUUGUAUUUAGUUCGUGCGUGAGUUAGGAACAAUUGCUGUUUAUAUAUAGACAUUUGAAUGAAACCAAUGGGAUGUCAGUUUUAGAAUGGGUGCUAAUGUAUGGAGAAUUUGUGAACCAGUAGCCAUGACUUACGAACAUGAUCGUGAAAUGUUGAAACUCUUGGACCAAUAGCCUUCACAAAUGGAGCUGCUUGUGAAAUGUUGGACGGACUAAGCUUAAAACCAAAGCCUUCUCACCUGGAUAUAUUUUUCUCUGGGUUUGUGAUUUCAACCUUGGGAGUGUUUCUGUGGAAAUAAAUAAUACAUUCAGCAGCAAGAGAGGGUUGUGUCUAAAAUAAGAAAAUGUACAUAUUUUUUAAUGGGCAAUGUCUCCUGCAAAAAGACAUCUUUUUGAUCAUUUCUCAUGUAUAAUAGCUCAUUGAAUAUGUCAUUUUGAGGGAUGUAUUUUAGAUUAGUUUUCCAGCUGUGUCACCCUACCACACCAGCAGCCCUGGGGCUUGAAACACUUUUUCUGUAAACAUGAUGAACUUACUCUUGUUUUGGCCGGAUGUGGAGAUCACAUUAUCUAUUGGUUCACACCCAAUAUGGAUGUCUUCUUAGUUAUUGAGAAUGUGGAUGAUUCUUUAUAAAGGUGAUUAAAUCCAGUGACUUGUAUCUGUGUAAAGUGAGGUCUUGGUAUAUAUAUUUAUUUAACUUAAACAAUGUUAGCUCAAAAUUGGAACUUGACACAGUCAAAUGUAUAAAGAUUAUUAUUUAGGUUUAAUUAUAAUUGAAAAUGCUAGAUUAAACCAGUUUGCCUGCUGCAGAAUUUCUUUACAGAAAAGUGCUUAUUUGUUAUGUGAGGAAUAAAUGAUGAAUUGGCAUGUUAAUCUUCUAUCUUGGCGGUCUUGACCAGCAAGACUUUUUGGCUAUGCUAAUGUUUACUUUGCUGCCAUCAGCACUUGGCUAAUGUUCACUUGCUGACUGUUCUCUUGCUGAGCUGUUGCAAAAUUUUGUUUAAAUGAAUCUUGACCUGGAUAUAAGUGAUUGUUCCCCCCUCUGUGUGAUAUUAUGCAAAAACUAGUGAUCGACUUUUCCCUUCUCUCUCCAAUCUGACCAUAUAGAUUGAAAGUAAUAAUCUUUUUUUUUUUAAAAAUGGAUUACCAAUGCAUUCUCUCCAUUUUGCUUUGAAUUUUUUGGGAAAGAAAUUAAACAAAGUCUCAGUUAUUUUAUAUACUUGAUUUAGUUGAAUAUAUGGUCAAUAUCAUCUCCCUCUCAACUCAGGUUGAUGGUUAAUAACAAGGCCAAGUUUUGGAAGCUUGAGGAUGAGCAAUAUUUAUAUAUAUGUAUAUAUAUAUAUAUAUAAAGUAUAUUUAAAUGAUUGACAUUCAUUUUCUUUUUGGUCAGAAGUUUUGUUUUUCCCCACACAUGUAACUGACAGGGCUGGACAUUUACAAACUUACCAUAAAUAACAGACCCCCAGAAUUAUAUAGUAUAUGUCUUGAUUGAAAUAUGAGAAUUGAUCUAUUGACUUAAUCUAUGGAAGUUUUUGGUAAUUUGUGUUUAAAAGAUCUAUUAUACUAUACUCUUCUAAAUUAAGUGGGCCAUUGAAACCGUAUUACAUGAGGCAUCUUAAUGUAAACUUGACCAGGGAACACAGAUGGUGUACCAUCAGUGUAUAAUGAUUACUUAAUAUUCUUUAGCCUAUGUCAAAGCUAAGGACACGGCCACUUUGGCCUCAUGCAUCAGUUUAACUCAAUCUUAUAGUUUAUUCUUUCAUUAGAAUGUAAUAACCAGUGUCCGUCAUUGAUACUACAAUUUAAUAGAAUGCAGUGAGUGAUGAGUAGCCCUCACUGCUACUAGAAUUUUUUUUUUAUUCUUGUAAAGUUGAAUUUGAUUCAUUUCUUACAAUUUCCAUCACAUUUUAAAAACAAAUUUCACUCUAACUUUGGACAGGACAUUUGAUUAUGGUACAACAUAUUUUAAGCUACCAUACUUUUACAGAAUGUUGAUGGUAUCAUGACAGUUCAAAGGUCAAUAUAAUAAGAUUGUUUUGGAUAAUCACUGAGCACCUUAAAUGUAAUGACUCUACUGCACUGGAUUUUGAGUCACACACAUCACUGGAUGAAUGCUUCCUUUUACAUUAUUUUGUUAAACAUCACAAUGACAAACACUUAACUGUUGUUAAGAAACUCAAACCUAAUUACACCUGUCAGAUACCUAUUAAAAUAUUCAAAACAUUAAUUAUAAAGGUAACUAUUUUUUUUUUAUUAUUUUUUUUUUUUUAAUUUAUGAGAAAAAAUGUACAAAAUUUAUUCCCGUUAUUUUGAGGUGUAAGUUUUUAAAAAAAAUAUUUUUUUUGAUGUUCUUAUGGAGGCUUUCAAAAUAAAUGAUAAUGUGCAGCAUAGACAUAAUUUGAUUUUAAAAUAUCCUUUCCUUGUAUGGAUCAUGGUUAAUUCAUCUAUUACUGGUAAUACCUAUAUGCCCCCACACCCACAACUGAGCUGUAAAUCACUUUGAAAGUAAAUUAUUCCCUACUCUCUCCAGACUAACUAUGCUGUGAGGAAAUCAUUUCAAUCAGCCAGAUUUGAGAAAUCUGUCAGCAGCAGACCUAAGUGUAUGGAUGUAUUAAUGCUUUCCUAUUGGUGCAGCAAAAGCUAGGACAUCGGACUGGUAUUGCCCUGCAGAUCAUUAAUAAUAAAGAUAGUAAAACUCGACACUGAUAUUUGGGUUCUUAUUUAGGUCUUUGCUGUCAGGAAGACAACUUUUUUUUUUUCGUUGCUCUUUUUUUGGUUGCUCUUUUGUUUUUUAAAUUUAUUUUAAAGGACAUUUUCUUUUCUUUUCAAGUGUGACUGUUGCCAUGGUUGCAAUAUGAGAUAUGUUGAUUUAUUAAAAUGAAAUGUUUUAAGAAGUUGUUUGUUUAAAGUAUGAUAGUAAAAGAUUAUUUUUGAAUUUUUUUUCUUCAAAAUAUAAGACUUGUAGCUAUAGAAAGAAAUGUGCCAUUUAUUUAACAAGCUGCCAUUUUCC